AUGCAUGACAUAUUUUUCACUCACCAUCCUACAUCUAUAUAUGAAUUGUUAAAAGUUUUUUGGGCCAAUUAUGGUGGUAUCUCUGCCAAUGAUUUGGAUGAAGAAUUGAAAUGGGAUAUUGAUUUGAUGCUUGAACAAUGA